UGUUUCAUUUGUGCACAAACCGCCAAUCGGUACUGUGUGUAUAACGUUCGGUGGCAAUUAAAUGUGAAAAUCGUGUCGUUGUCGUCGCUAUCCACACAUAAUUAUGCCAUUUUUUCUUCACUGUCUCUGUGUUCACAAAUCAAACAAAAUUAAAUGUUGACACAAUGAACAUUAAUUAAACGUUAAAUUGUUGAUUUUCAAUAAUAUUUGCACAAUAAAAUACGGCGACGUCCGAAUCGUAGAAGAGGAAAAAUCAAAUUUCGUGCAGAAAAACAAUGGUGUAUCGAUUUUUUCCGCAGUGAAAAAGCAAAACACACAGCCAGCGAACACGACAGAGAAAGAGAGAGAGUCAGCGCGAAGCGAAAUUAUUAUCUCAGCCUUGUUUAUUUUUUUUUCUUCUCAUCCUCCAUUUGAAGCAGAAGCAGAAGCAGCAGCUUGUCUGUUGUUUGUGUGCAAAUAGCUAAAUCGAAACAACACGAGAAAAACAUAUAUAGCAGCCGUCAAACAACGAGCUAGAACCGUGUGCAGAAAUGGCCGACUAAACAAGAACACGGAAAAUCAUCAUUUGGAAUCGUCAAUUUUCCGAUUGCAGCCAUUAUGGUGCAACACAUCACCUAGGUGAACAAUGUGUGGCAUUUAGUAGUCUCAUGCCAAUCAAAUAAUAACGCGACGAAGAGGGAAGAAAAAUGUAUUCACACGGUUCGGAUGGCAGUAAAUUAAGUUUGCUGGGUGGAACGAGCGGUGGCCGAGGCAAACGAUCAUACAAGCGACAAUGGAACGAGAAAAAACGGGCUGGCAUGAGUUUUCUAAUUGUCAUCGCAUUCUUCACGGUUUUUGCACUCAUCAUCCUCACCGAAGUGCUGAUGAUUGAUGAGAAAAAUAAGUCACAAACGUUCGGCAGUAGCGGUACACUCAGGCACACCGGAUUCAAUCGCUUUGGCGAAUCAAUACCGGACUAUGAAGAUGUUAAAGAUGAAUAUAGCAUUGAAGAUGCCGUUUUUCUACGUAAUCGAUUUCGGGAUAAACAUCGUGGUGACACGAACGAGCGACAAAAUCCAAACGGAAUUCCAAAUGUUGCAUGGGGAUCGUUGUUACCCGUGAAUAUUGAACGCACAUUACCAACGUAUACAAGUGAAACGAAACCAACCGAUGGUUCAUGGCAAAUUGUCAACGGAACACGGUUUAAAUUCUUCGUUUUUUCUGCCUUUUAUGAUCGUCGUGGUGGAAAAUUGAUACGCAUUAUUGGUGCGACAAAAACUCGAGUACCAGAAAAGGUCUGGUGUCGUUUUCUCUACAAUACUGGCAAUGCAACUGCACCCACCUAUCGUUCGGUGUCGAUAAUGGCACGCGUUAAGGUGAUACGUGAAAAUUGGAAUUUGAAAUAUAGUGCGUGCUUUGUGCUAUGCCCAGUAACAGCGCCUGAUAUCACCGUACCAUAUGCAGUGAGCGUUGUAAGCAGACUUCGGAAUCCGGCUGGUAAUGUGCUGCUCGUUCGCAAUACAGAUGACGAUGUCGACUUAGUUAAUACGACACAUAUCACAAAUAUACCCGAUAAAAUUGGCGUUUGUGUGAAACCUUUCCAUUUUGAUUACGAUUCGGCGUUGCAUUUGCUCGAAUUCUUGGAAUUGAACACCAUUCUCGGUGCGUCGCAUUUUACAUUCUACAAUCAUACACUCGGAUCGAGAGCAUCGUGUGUGCUGAAACACUAUAUGAAUGGGGAUUUUCUAGCCGAUGACACAUCGAAUGGUUCGAAAAGUGAAUAUCGUCGUCCGAUUGCCAAUCAACGAGCCACCGUCAAUGUGUUACCAUGGGAUCUUCGAAUGCGCUCACAAAAGGACAUACGAACUGAAGGACUCUUUGCAGCCUUGAACGAUUGUGUCUAUCGAAACAUGUACAGGUAUCAACAUCUAGCGCUAAUUGAUCUGGAUGAAUUUCUCAUUCCACGAUAUAAUAACACGCUAAGCGAAUUAUUGAAGCAUUUAAAUUCCAGAUGGAUGAAAUACCGAAUAAACGGCCGAAACACUGGAGCAUACUCAUUUCAAAAUUCAUUUUUCUAUCUACAAUUUCCCGAUGAUCCCAUCGUCUAUUCACACGACAACUCAGUCAAUCUUGCUUUGAGAGCUGCUUUGAUCACACAAAGGAAAACAAGAAGACGCGCAAAGCUGCAUCCACAAAAACAGAGAUCGAAAUACAUUUGCAAACCUGAUGCUGUCGUUGAAGCAGGCAACCAUUUCGUGUGGGAGUUCAUCACCGGGAGAGGCUCUCUUAACGUUCCGGCUGAUGCUGGCAUUCUACAUCACUAUCGAGUGUGCGAGUUUGGUGGUGAUGAUUGUAUCAAAGCGCCAUCAGUGGUGGAUAGAACUGCUCAUAAGUAUUCGGAUCGUCUAGUGCGACGUGUCGAGGAAAUAUACAAUCAGCUCAAAAUUCCGUGUAAUUUGGCCGAUUUACCAACAGCGCCACCGCCAACCACGCCAAAGAAAAUGCCUAGCUUCAAUGGGCAGCUCAUUGGGGAAAUAACCAAGAGUAUUACAAACAGUGUCCGUGCAAAGCCAGUCACUUAGUGACCAAUACCGCAAGCAUUACCACUACUGCCAUUGCGAGAUCGAGCCACUUUAACUCUAAACUAACGACUAACCGAUGUGAUCACAGCUUCAACUGGAAGUGUUACGACUAACUAUUAGACUAAAUAAAUGAAUAAUAGGCCUAGUAGCGCAAACAAAAACUGUUUUUGGGUUGUUAUUCUUCUUUCUGAACAAAAGGAGAAGAAAAAAACAUCUGGAAAUCACAACGAAUGAUUGAUUUCAGCCAUAGCGAUCGAUAUGAGAGAAAAAAAAUGGAUAUCUUUAGACUGCUUAAAUUGAUCACCCAGAUCGCGGGUCAAUUGUAGGGCUUUUAAAAUUCUAAACCAGCUUAAUGCUAGGCUAGCGCUGCUAGCAAACUUUAGACGACUGAAAUGUUUCUGUUUUUGUCCCCGAAACUCAAUCAUGUCAGAUGCUUCGAACAUUUAGCAAACGUGUCGUUGUUCAAAUGAGAAAUUGAAGAAGAAAAAACAUAUCGAUUGAACGCAUUUAAACAACCAACCAAAAACAA